GUCGGUGUUUUUUGAAUCACUGAAACGAUCGCCAUCGUGUACAAGGGCAGAACAGUGGUCGUCGGGACCACAGGUGAAGUACGUCUUUCAUGACGACUGAGGUCCUCCUCAUCCAGCUGACUCUGUCGACGAAGUAUCAGCGACAGUGUACAUUUAUCUCGCGGGGUCAUCUAACCUCGCAGGGUACGCACACUGGGAUUUUUGUGAUCGAAUGUCUCUAAUUGCUGUAAGAUACGUCCUGGAGAGUCCUAAAGCGAUGAGUAUGCCCUCAUUUUUUACCUGGGGUGAAGAAUCGUUGGUAUUGCUAGUCUGCCGGACGUGCCAGGAUCUUGAUAUCAUUCAUCCAUUGGAGAGAAUAGAAUCUAGUCGUCAUUGGGGUCAAGUACUUGCAGGAAAAGUGCUACCGUGAGGGUGCACUAAGUAGAACAGACUUUGGUCACAAUUGCCCCCUGGUCAUCAUUGCGCUCAGGAACUUGCAGGGGAAGUGCUAGUUUGAGGGCACACUAAGAAGAACAGAAUCUGAUCAAGAUUGCACCCAGGUACAUGCACUAGAACAGAACCUGGUCAUCACCGCGCUCCUGCGGUUGCAGGGAAAGUGCUAGUGCGAGGGCACAAUAAGUUGGAACUGGUCAUCAUUGCGCCCAGGUGCACAUGCAGCGCAGGAGAACCGAAUCUGGUCGUCAUUGCACCCAGGAACUAGCAGGGAAGGUGCUAGUGUGAGGCCGCACUAAGUAGUAGCACUGCAGGCAUAACUUCUUGCCACCCACCAUCAGAAAAAGAUAGCCUGUGGAUAUCAUCAUCCCGAUCCCGAUUCUGAUAUGUCACGAAGCAGGGAUCCCGACAAGGAUUGCGAAGCGAUGUCCAAGGAACAGGAGAUGGUGAGUCCAGACGGCGACUCCGAGCUCCUGACUGGAACAGAAGUCGAUGGUAUGCUGUUCGAACAACUCAGUCCUUGUAAUGCUGAAUGGGCCCGGAUCGCCUUCGAUGGACCGCAGUUAACCCCCUUGACCAGCAGCUGCUCGCCGUCCGGAUGGGGACCGUGCCCGUCUUCGCAGUUCCUCCCUCAACGAGUUGCUAGCAAUUCGCCGGGACAAGGAAAUGCCCCCACACAAACACAGUGCAUGCAUAUCCAUACGUGCAUGCCUGCACAUGCACAAAUGCACAGACACACAUGUCAGCAUUUGCACACCAUUGUGGUGAGACCAGAUGGAGGGGGAUCUUCGGCAGGGGAAGCCCCUUCGAAAUCCAAGGUGAGCGAUGACCGUUGGAUGGACGUGCAGAACGAGUCUGAGGAAGUGGAACUAUUGAGGGAGGAGCACGGGGACGGGAAUGAAGACGGGGCUUGUUGGAAGACGGAUACACGUAGCAGUGCAUUGCAUCAGGAGGAGAACGUUCGACAACGCAGAGACAGACGAGAGAGAGUGGGCGGCGAAGAAGGUGUAGUUGUGCAAACUACCAAGGCUAUAGACGAACCUUCUCCUGGGGUGCAUGAUCAAGGGGGUUGUGAACGAGAAGGGAUGGGGCAGAAGGAGAACAACAUGGAGUUUGAAGGGGACUUUGCAGGAGGAGACGAGAGUGGGGCAGACGAACAAUCUAAGUAUGGGGAGAUCAAUCCACCUGGACAAUUUGGGAAGAAAAGAUCUACUGGGAAUCGAGAAGCUGUUAGAAAAUAUCGGGCGAAGCAGAAGCUGGAGAAGUCUAAGCUGGAGCAUGAAGUGGCACAGCUGAAGGCGGCCACCACGCAGCUAAGAUUGGCAAACUUUCAUCUGCAGGGCAGGGUGAACAAAAUGGAAACCCUUGAACAGGAGAAUCGACGUCUUCGGACGCUGCUGAGCGAGAUUGGGUCCAGGAUAAGCAAUGAGCUGUUUUCUUCGAGUGUCCCCUCUCCUCCUCCUCCUUCAGCUGAAGCUGCCAAUCAUUCUGAGAUCGGUGAGGGGUCGUUUCGGAACCUGCACGACUGCCCAGAGUGCACAGAUGUCCCUCAGACUCUCUUCCAACCACAGAGUAGUAUGGAGAAAGGCAAUGUUGGUGCAGGGGGACAACGAAGGAGGAGCAAGAAUCCUAGCGAAAGCGCCAGAAGCAAGGAGCGUUGCUCGUUCUUCAACCGGGCUGUGGCGAUGGGAAGACCGGAGGCGGAAACAGCAGAUGGCAAUCGCACCCGAAGCCAAGCAGUAUGCCGCACAGAUGGCAGCAUUUCCGACAGACAGCCUCAAGCAGACGUCGUGAACAGUACGCCUCCACCACCUCUUGGCAGUGGGGUGCUUGGAGGAGGGGGUCCCGCCUUCUUCCCCUCUUGCCAACCGGGCUGCAUGAUCCCCAACUGGCAAGCAGGGCCAUCGACUCUUCAUCUGCCAAUCCAUGCUCACCACAGGAACCAUCAGCAGCAGCACCACCAACAGCAUCACCACCAUCACUCGCAGUCCAUCCCGAAUAUUGGACCAUAUCCAUUGCUAGAGAGCUAUCCCUCUUCGACCCACAAGGUGAGUGGACCAUCCUUGCCUGCAACUGCCGCUGUAAACGCAACGCCAGCAGUGAUGGUCAAUGGGUAUUCGGGUACAGGCCUUAUCGAGCCUAUGUUCUGUAGUAUACAUCCACAAGCCAAUCAGAAUCAGGACCUAAGUGGUAGUCAGAUCCUUACAGCGCCCCUGCAAGAUUGUGGCGAGAAUGUUGCUGUCGAUGGCCAACACUACCUAGAAAAGCAGAGGGCAUAGGUUGAGAAAGGUCAACCUAGUCACUGGGGAGUCAUAGGGCCCCACCCCACCGCUCGACAUUCGACACGUAUCUGGACUGUUUAUGGACCAUGUUCAUUCUGACCGAUCGGACAUUUUGAACGUGUUGGGACCAUUUCUAGCUCCAUAUGCAUUUAGGAUGUUGUGCAGUGGAGCGAGGCCCAUAAGGUCGAAAAGGGAAGGGAUGAAGAGGGAAUGGAUCGAGUCAUUUGUCAUGGGGCAGUAGAGUUAUGUGUCAGGGUGGAGGAUGCCGUGCAUACGUAAUUGUUUGUUCUGUUGCUCCACAGCUGGGUUGUCUAGAGGCACACGGAGAUGGCAGAGCGCGUCAACACCCCUUGGACCUACUGUGUGGUCAUUCUGACUCAUUCUUGCAUUGUGUAUAUGUUACCUACACUUGAUUUGUAAAUCUUUUCCCUGUUUUGAAGUAGCAGUCCGCUAGUGGAGUUGGCUCGCCGGGGUGUGGGGUACAUGGGUUAUGUUGUGUCUUCUCUCGCCUUGCCCGUUUGUUUGUCCAGCGGAAAGAAGAGGAGACCAUCAUGCUAUUGCUUUCCUUGGCUUUUUUUUGGGUGGGUUGGGGGGGGGGGGGGGGGGGGGGGGGGGGAGUUGAGUGCAUCACACAGCUUUUCCAACUCGGUCUGUACCUUUUUUAUCCUUAUCAAGCUUUGGAUAUCGUCAAUGAUGACAGAGUAACCCAUAAAUGAAUAAGAUUUGAAAUU